AUGACAACUCUUCUGUCAUAUAGAAUAACCAUCAUAUUGUGCAUGAGUAUCUUGACUGCGGGCUCAGAUUCGAAACAGUCUGUACCUUGCGUCGAAAACUGCAAAGUCAACGAGAUUCCUCGAAGACCCAUUUCAUUUCAAGUUUGCGGAGAUCAAAUUGUGUCAGCCUUUAAACAGAUCUGCGGAAUACACGCAAGAGAAAUGAGAGAUGGUAAGAUAUUGCAAUAAACGGCUGAGCUAUAAACGUAUAAUGAAACAAUAGAUGAACCUAAGUGUGACUACCUACUUCUGACCAAAUUCAGUGCAACUUAGAAACAAAAAAAGAUAUAACUAACCAUGAAACAUUCUGUUUGUAAACCUAAAACCUAAAACCUAAACCUUAUUUAAAAUUGAUCUUAUGUAAAAAUGUUGGUACGUAAACUAUAGACGCCUCCAUUUUUAAACAUCUCAGUGAUCUGGCACCAAACCCAAAACCACAACGCAUGCUUCAUAAACAGUGGCUGUUUUCGCUAUUGCAAGUGUCAAGAACGCCCAUUUGUUUAGUACAGGCAAGUCGUCGGGAGAUGAGUCUUUGUUACGUCGUCAAUAAUAAGUGGCAAGGUUACUGAGCACGAUUAAAAGAUGGCGGCAUACAUCAGGCAUGCGCAAGGGAAAAUUGCGAGGGGAUCAAUUUUUGGCCACCCAUGGAGCCCAUUUCUCGCGCAAAAUUCCAAGGUAAAGCAUAAGAAACAGGCGCUGUAUCCCAAAAUGAGCGAACUUUAAUUCAGUAAAACUUUCAUAGAAAUCUGUAACAAACACAAAGCUUAUUCUAGUACGGGUUUUCUGUUGAUUUUUAAUUAUAUUUUGAACUUUACCAAAAGAUUUUUACGCUUUUAAAACACUAUGACUUACUGGCUUGUAUAUUUGUUUGUCAUUCGAGACUAUUUUUAAACUUUCAGGUUGUUUUUCUGAGUCUGGCAAUGUGGCUAAUAUUUAGUAUUUAAAACUUUCAAGGGUGUGUAUAAAAAUGAUAUGGGUUCUUUUUCUUUAAAUCAGUUUGGCCAAUCAUUUUUAUUUCGCAGCACGUGACUUAGUCUGGGAAAAAAGAAGAGCUUCGGAUUUCCUAUCGUCAACUGGAAGAUUCCGUAGGUCCUACACUGUCGUAGAGGAGUGCUGUAUAGAAGGCUGUGUCAUCGAAGAACUGCGCGAAUAUUGCUAA